GGGCCCCCCCCAGCUAUGGACGAGCGGCUGCUGGGGCCGCCCCCUCCGGGCGGGGGCCGGGGAAGCCUGGGGCUGGUGGGUGGGGAGCCCGGGGGCCCUGGCGAGCCUCCGGGUGCCGGAGACCCCGUUGGGGGAAGUGGGGGGGUCCCGGGAGGCCGAGGGAAGCAAGACAUCGGGGACAUUCUGCAACAGAUAAUGACCAUCACCGACCAGAGCCUGGACGAGGCCCAGGCCAAGAAACACGCCCUAAACUGUCACCGAAUGAAGCCUGCUCUGUUUAGUGUCCUGUGUGAAAUCAAGGAGAAAACUGGCCUUAGCAUUCGGAGCUCCCAAGAGGAGGAGCCGGUGGACCCGCAGCUGAUGCGCCUGGACAACAUGCUUCUGGCAGAAGGUGUGGCUGGACCAGAGAAAGGGGGGGGCUCCGCAGCGGCAGCUGCAGCCGCCGCAGCCUCAGGAGGUGGCGUGUCCCCAGACAACUCCAUUGAACACUCAGACUAUCGAAGCAAGCUCGCUCAGAUCCGCCAUAUCUACCACUCGGAGUUGGAGAAGUACGAACAGGCCUGCAAUGAGUUCACAACCCACGUCAUGAACCUGCUGCGGGAGCAGAGCCGCACUCGUCCUGUGGCCCCCAAGGAGAUGGAGCGGAUGGUGAGCAUCAUCCAUCGCAAGUUCAGCGCCAUCCAGAUGCAGCUGAAGCAGAGCACCUGCGAGGCUGUCAUGAUCCUGCGCUCUCGCUUCCUGGAUGCCAGACGGAAACGCCGGAACUUCAGCAAGCAGGCCACCGAGGUCCUGAAUGAAUAUUUCUAUUCCCACCUGAGUAACCCUUAUCCUAGUGAGGAGGCCAAAGAGGAGCUCGCCAAGAAGUGCGGCAUCACUGUCUCUCAGGUUUCUAACUGGUUUGGUAACAAGCGAAUUCGCUACAAGAAAAAUAUUGGGAAGUUCCAAGAGGAGGCCAAUAUCUAUGCUGUGAAGACAGCCGUGUCCGUCGCCCAGGGGGGCCACAGCCGCACCAGCUCCCCAACGCCUCCUUCCUCUGCAGGCUCUGGCGGCUCUUUCAAUCUCUCAGGAUCCGGAGACAUGUUUCUGGGGAUGCCCGGGCUCAACGGAGAUUCCUACCCUGCCUCUCAGGUAGAAACCCUCCGACACUCAAUGGGGCCAGGGAGCUAUGGGGAUAACCUCGGGGGAGGCCAGAUAUACAGCCCUCGAGAAAUGCGGGCCAAUGGCGGCUGGCAGGAGGCUGUGACCCCAUCCUCAGUGACAUCCCCAACAGAGGGCCCGGGAAGUGUUCACUCUGACACCUCCAACUGACCUUGCCCCUCAAGGUCACAGGGCUGGGGGCUCCCACCAGGCAACUCUUGAAGAGGACUUGGGCAUCUAAAGGACAAACCCCAACAGAAGCACAACACAGAGAAGGGCAGAUGGGGUCGUGCUCUCCCCAACUGGACACUCAGUGCUGGGGUGCUGACUACAUGGCAGGGAAAGUGAGGUGUCCCCCUUUUUUCCGUCUUUUCCCCCUCACACAGAAAACAGAUGUGUUUCUCAGAUCUCUCAAAUCUACACCAACUAUUCCGUUUGUCUCUGGGCUCCCUGCUUUCUUUUCCCCACCCCACUUAAAUACUCUGGAAUCUGGAGAUGUCAGCCCUGCCCGACCCAGAGAUGCCAAAAAUGGGGACUCCUGGACAGAGGCCCUGGGCCAACACCUCCCCGUGCACCCCCACCUUCUGCCCCUCCAGACGGCUUUAUUACCUCAUACGCAGCUCAUCUUAAACCAAUAGACUCGCUCGGUGGA